CGGGCGGGGCGGGGCGGGGCGGGGCGGCGGGAUUAUGUAAGGGCGGCGGAUUACCGGGGCCCGGGCCCGGGGCGCGGCCGUGGCGGCGGCGCCGCGAUGGGAGCGACGAGCAGCGGCCCCGGGCCGGCCCCUGCCCCGGUGCGGCCCCCCCAGGGCCGAGCCGUGGGGUCGUGGGUGCGGGCGCUGCUGAGCCGCGCCGGGCCGGUACCGGUACCGGGGUCGGUACUCGCCCUGGCCCCGCGGGGCCCCGCCGAGGAGCCGCCGCUGCCCGGGUGGCCGCUGCCGCAGCUCGUCUCGCUUUUCCUGCCGGAGUUCCCCGUCCGCCCCUCCGCCCGCCAGCAGCAGCUCAAGAUCCUGGGCUUCGUGGCCAAAGGCUCCUUCGGGACCAUCCUCAAAGUGCUGGACUGCGGGCGGGAGAAGGUCUGCGCCGUGAAGGUCGUCCCCAAAGUGGAGGUGCUGCGCCGCGACACCCUCAAGCAGUGCAAGGAAGAAGUCAGCAUCCAGAGACAGGUCAGGCACCCGUUUGUCCACGGGCUGGGGGACAGCUGGCAGGGCCAGCGCCACCUCUUCAUCAUGUGCACCUACUGCAGCACCGGAGACCUGCACGCGCUGUGGCGUGCCGCCGGGCACUUUGCCGAAGCCACCGUCCGCCUGUUUGCAGCCGAGCUGGUGCUGGUGCUGGUGUACCUCCAUGACCUGGGCAUCAUGCACAGAGACGUGAAGAUGGAGAACAUCCUCCUGGAUGAGAGAGGGCACCUCAAGCUCACCGACUUCGGCCUCUCCCGGCACUUGCGGUGGGGCGAGCGAGCCCACACCAUCUGCGGCACCCUGCAGUACAUGGCCCCAGAGGUGCUGAGCGGGGGGCCCUACAGCCACACAGCCGACUGGUGGUCCCUGGGAGUCCUGCUCUUCGCCCUGGCCAGCGGGGAGUUCCCUGUGGCACCGGCGGGGGACCACGUGGCCAUGCUGGAGCGCGUCAAGGAGAGCAGCUACGAGAUCCCACCUGCGUUCAGCCCCGCACUGGCCCGGCUGCUUGCCGAGCUGCUGUGCCACAACCCCCUGCGCCGCCUGCGCUACCUCCACCAUUUCCAGGGCCACCCCUUCUUCCGCGGGGUGGCCUUCGACGCCGACCUGCUGCAGAAGGACCCGGUGGCGAUGGCGGUGGCCCCGCGCCCCCUCGAGCAGCCCCCACCCGAUCCUGCCACCUUCGCUGACUUCGACUGCGACCUCGCCGUCUCCCCGGGCCGGCCUUGGCCUGGCUGAGCCACCAUGGCUGGGACCCCCGACGUCGCUCAGGGACACCCCCCCACCACCCCUUACCCCGGCAGCGGGUUGGACCCUGCUGGGCCGGGUCCCUCUUACCCCAACGCUGUACCUCUCCCCGCGGGAGCAAUAAACUCGAGAGCCGCGGGCACCGCUGUGGGUGCUGCUCUGACUCCUGCGGGG